CCACCCACCCAUAGCCCAGCUCCUUACUGGGAUAGGGUUUCACUCCCUCUUGGGUGUAGAGGAGGGCAGGCACUUGGACACUCUCUAGAAUACUUUCAACUCUUCUCCUUCUUUUCUUCUUCUCUAAUUCCUGAGGAUUCUACUGAGGUAAGUCUGAGUUUGUGACAUCACUGCCCACACAAUCCCACACGCACACAGUCUUUCACACACACAAGCAGUACAUGUCUGUGGGUUAUCUUGUUGUGAUAAUACUGAAAUGAUGCAGGACUGAUGUAGGUCUAAAUGUCACCAAGGUAGGGACAAGCUACCAGAUAGGGAGUGACUUGAGCUAUAUACCAGUUAUAGAGUUGAUUCAACAUGGGUUUAUGCCUUGCAGAGCCUGCACUGUGCUAGGCUGUGCUGUGCCAGGCGGAGAAGUCCCUGUCAGUGUGAAUCAUGUGUCAUUCCCCCUAUGACAGCAUAUCAUGUGUAUCACAGCAUGAAUGAAUGAAUAAAUGUAUCAAUGGCAUCAUAUCAACUCACAUUGGCUAGUAGCUGUAUGGAUUAUGCAAUGCUGGCAGACUGAUAAACUCUUCAACACUUACUCGAUACACCUUUGACAGCCCGUGUCAAAUCAUCGGGUACUAAUUUGAAUUGACUACAUGGUCAGCGAAUGCAAACUAUGUUCUUGGCCUUCUUGUUCUGAAACCAUUCCCAUAACAUGUCCAUCAAGCUGGAGUGGGUUAGGAAUAGAGGUGUUACGGGCAGCAGGUAGCCUUGCGGUUAAGAGCAUUGGACCAGUAACCGAAAGGUUGCUGGUUCGAAUCCCCAGCUGACUAGGUGAAAAAUCUGUCUAUGUAACCCUAAUUGCUCCUGUAAAUAGCUCUGAAUAAAAGUGUCUAUAAAAAUAAACAUUAUCUGGACAGUUCUAGAGGAGGAGCGGAGUGUUUCGAGAAUUGGGAUGAGUGUGUAUGGGAAUGUGCUGACUGAUUAUGUUUGCUGUCCUCCGGGGAGAUUUAUCUGCAGCUGAAACAGGAAUAGUGAGGGGACAGGAGCCAUUCUGCUUGGGGUAACCAGACCUUCAGCCUCAUGUUCUCCUGAAGUUGGUGGUCCUUUCCCAACGCUAACCCAGCAGAAACUCCAUAAGCCUGACAUUCUCCCACCUUAGUGGGAGCAAUAUUUAGAUAUUGAUUGUCUUUAUUGUGUACAAUAUAGACAAUCAAUUAUAUAUAUAUAUACACAUAUUUAUUUAUUUCUAUUAGAAAAUAUUACAGAGGUCCAGACCUCGGUGUCCUCAUCCGUAGUUACGGCCAUGCUUUCCCUGUCUCUGCCCAGCGGACCGUGAAGGGAUCAGGGUGUGUAUGUAUGUGGUGUGUGUGUGGUGUGUAUGUGGUGUGUAUGUGGUGUGUGUGGUGUGUGUAUAUGCUUAUGGGUUUGGCAAUUCUACGGUAACAAAGUGUUGCUGAGACUUUUCACUUUAAAAUGUAUGUCAAACAAAAAACUAUGAUUGCAAAGUUAAACAAACCAUACAACUCUAUGCGCAAGGACUACUUUUAACAAUUUCCACAGAAAUUUGUACAAAAACACAUUUACUUGUUGGACAGUGCAGAUGCAAAAUUUGGUAACAGAAUGACGGCACCAACAGCACAAACCGUCGUUGUGUUAGCCAACGUUGCAUCUGCACUGUUCUUCAAAUAAAUUUGUUUUUGUCAAAUGAUUCUGUGGACAUUUUUAAUAGUGCAUAAGGUUGUAUGGUUUGUUUAACUUUGCAAUCAUUGGUUUUAGGUUGACAUUUAUUUUAAAGUGACAAAUCUUAGUCUCAGCAUCACUCUGUCCCAAUGGAAAUGCCCUGUGUGUGCGUGUGUGUGUGUAUGUGUAUGUGUGUGUGUAUGUGUGUGUAUGUGUGUAGGUGUAAGUGUGUGUGUAUGUGUGUGUGUAUGUGUGUGUGUGUGUGUGUGUGUGUGUGUGUGUGUGUGUGUGUGUGUGUGUGUGAGUGUGUGUGUGUGUGUGUGUGUGUUGUGUGUGUGUGUGUGUGUGUGUGUGUGUGUGUGUGUGUGUGUGUGUGUGUGUGUGUGUGUGUGUGUGUGUGAGUGGUGACAGUGACACUCAGCAGAGCUGCUGUGGAACAUGUAGUAAUAAUAGCUGCAGGGUGUUGGAUUCCAGCAGGAGCUUCAAUUACUGCAGAUUAAACCAAUUACACCAACUACAGUAUGGAAUAUAGACCCACAGGCCCAGGGGCUCAAAGGCCCAGAGCCUCAGAGUAAUGGCUCCCUAGAAACCCCACCUAAAACCUUUCCUUAUGGUGUUGUGGUCCAGCAAUUAGAUGGACAGAAGUGACAAACCAUCCAGCCAUUAAUUGUGACACAGGAGGGGAAAUGACCCACCAUAAACCAGCUGAGCUGAAGGCUAGGCAUUAACACAAGUCUUCAGGUCUCAGGCAAAACAUUCAGUGAACACUAGUCACUUAUGUAGUGUGUAGCUAGCUUUAUGUGUGGCAGAGCUGGUUCGGGUAUUGACUAGGCUUUAGAUCUGUUGGCUAAAGCGGUCCAGUUAAAGCAACCAUGGCUUGAUAUCGGGUCAGUCAUGUAUCAUCAUCAUCAUCAUCAUCAGUCUGAUUGGGAUUGGUGGAUGUCACCGAUCGCGCUGUGAUUGGCUGGUGAUUUUAACUGUGUAUUUCUGAUUGGUGCAGGCUCUAGGUAUGCCUCUCUCAACUCCCGCCCCGCCUAACAAGAUGAAGAAGGCCAACAAGAUCAUUACUGAUCUGACCAACAUCACCCAGGAUGGUAUGACGCAUGCACGGGCACACACACCCACAUACACAAACACACAGACCACACACACACAGUCCUGACUUACGAGGUACUACAAGCUACAGCUCUCAGCACAGGAUUGCUUUGCCAGCUCCCAGCUUUGUGUGUGUGUGUGUGUGUAUGUGUGUGUGACUUUGUGUGACUGUGUGUGUGUGUGUGUGUGUGUGUGUGUGUGUGUGUGUGUGUGUGUGUGUGUGUGUGUGUGUGUGUGUGUGUGUGUGUGUGUGGUGUGUGUGUGUGUGUGUGUGGUGUGUGUGUGUGUGUGUGUGUUGUGUGUGUGUGUGUGUGUGGUGUGUGUAGUGUGGUGUGUGUGUGUGUGUGUGUGGUGUGUGUGUGUGUGUGUGUGUGUGUGGUGUUGUGUUAUUGUGUGGCUGGGCCUCCAGUGUUAUGAGUGAAAUCAGAGUGUGUGUAGCUGAUGAUGAGAAUGUUUUAUGGGGAUGAGAGCAGAGCAGCCAGCCAUCUGUAAAACUACAUUUGACACUUUUAUCAGAGAGAGAGAAAGAGAUAAAAGAGAGAGGGAGAGAGAGAAAGAAGAGAGAGAGAGAGAGAGAGAGAGAGACAGAGAUCUAGAUAGAGAGAGAGAGCAGAGAGAGAGAGAUAGAGACGUCGAGAUGAACUAGCUGAGAGAGCGCUCUCUCUCUCUUUGCUCGAUCUCUCAAUACCUCUAUAGCUCGAUAGCGCUCGCGCCGAGCUACUCUCAGGUGAAGAUACCACUCAAGAUACUGUAAAUGGUAAAUAUUUCCCACCUUGCUCUGAGAUAGGUUAGUUGGAAUUUUCGCCAUGUUCUUCGCAACUAUCUGCAUUUUCAGAUCUACAGUGCCUAGGAGUUGGGAGUUUAGACUAGAGGAUGUGGGGUGAAAGGGGUGAUAUGGGGCUGGGAAGAUAAUAUUGAUUGAUAAUUGAUUGGAUUAAUAUAGCCCGUUUCCAGUGCUCAAAUCACUUUACAUAGGAAAGGGGGAACUGCGAUGCUGUGUAAACUUAACAUUGGAAUCAAUGCAAUCAGGGAUAUGUAAAUUAGAGUACAUGUCAUCUCAUUCAAUGCCUGACAUUGUGUUUCCCCCUUCUACAGAUGAAGAGUCGGACCCUGAGGCAUCAGAGUUUGAUCUGGGCACUAAGAUCAAGACUCCUAAAGAUACCAUGCUGGAGGAAUUGUCUCUUAUGACCAACAAGGGAUCCAAGAUGUUCAGGAUGAGACAACAGAGGGUGGAACGCUUCAUCGUCACCAACGAGAAUAUGGUGGGGGAGUGGGGGUGGGGUGGGGUGGGUGGGUUGGGGGGGGGUGUAAGUGUAUGUGAGUGUGCUGAUCUGGCUGUGUGUGUGUGUGUCCUGCCUCCUCUAGCAGAAUCUCCAGAACCUGAUUCCGUCCUUGGGGUGUGAAAUGACGGCCCCAGCACCCGAGCCUGAACCUGAGCACAGUAGGACUAUGCACUUUUAGGACUUCUCCAUUAGUUCCAUUGUACCAAGCUAUACUGAACAAAAAUAUAAACGCAACAUUCAACAAUUUCAAAGAUUUUACAGUUCAUUGAAGGAAAUCAGUCAAUUGAAAUAAAUUCAUUAGGCCCUAAUCUAUGGAUUUCACAUGACUGGGCGACCCUCUGCACACAUUGAUAACAGUCACCCUCAAAGCACCGUUACCCGUCGCUCCUCAAAAGCCGCGGCAAGGGAAACAACUACUUCAAGGUCUCAGAGCGAGUGACGUCACCGACUGAAACACUACUAGCGCGCACCGCUAACUAGCUAGCCAUUUCACACCGGUUACAUAAACAAAUUUGUGCCCAAAAUUGGAGAGAAAUAAGCUUUUUGUGCAUGUGAAAAUUUUUUGGGAUCUUUUAUUUCAGCUCAUGAAAAAUGGGACCAACCCUUUACAUGUUGCGUUUAUAUUUUUGUUCAGUAUAAAUCAAGCACACCUAAAGUAUGUAAAACUAUUUGACAUUCAUAUGUACUGAACCGUGGUCUGAUAUCAACACCAGGGAAACAUAUACACAAACGAAAACAGUAAGAUGAUGUCAUGUUUAUCUCCCCCACAGUAGAGGAGGAGGUGUUGGAUAAGGAGGCGGAGAAAGAAAAGAGGAGGCAGCAGUAUGUGCGUACUUAUGUGUCUCCAUGGGAACGGGCCAUGAGGGGAGACGAGUCUCUGACCGCCACCAUGCACCACUGCAUGGCUGGACCACACACUCCCCACGACAUGCCCAAGUUCAAGAGCUUCAACAGGUAACACACGCAUUCACACCAACACACAUAUGCACACACUCGUGCACGCACGCACGCACACACACAAACACAUAUACAACGUUCGAAAUAAACAAAUUCAAGACCUUCAGCAGGUUACUGCUGAUGUAUUUAUUGCUAUGUAGACAUGUAUUUUGUACAUUAUGAUAUUAAUAUUUGAUUGACAGGUCGGCCCUGCCCUAUGGCGGCUCUGAGAAGGCGGGAGGCCACAUGACCUUCGAGCCUCCCGAGAUCGUAUUCGCCCCAGUGGAGCCGGAGCCUCUUCCCUCCCUGCAGAUGGACAUUAGGUCCCGCCCCUCGUUCAACCGCACCCCCAUCGGUUGGGUGUGCAACCCGGAGGACAACUCACACAUCCACAUGCAGUUGGACAACAUGCUGCCCUUCGACGGAGAGACGGACGAUCUAUAGACACACACACACACACACACUCACACUGAGGUACUGUAGACACACACUGAUGUAGACACUAGAUACACACACACUGGAGUAGACACACACACAUAUGUUGAUAUUGUAUUCGCCGCAUGUGACAAAUACAUUUUGAUUUGAUUUAUAUGCAUGAAACAUAAAUGGCUGAAGAGAAAAGAGACAGAAGACAAUGGUGAUGAUCAA